CUCAUAGUAUGGCUUCAUCCAGGGCAAGUGCUCAGUAAGAGGCUCAGCAUCCACAAGCAACCUGUCAGGUAUUGAUCAAUCAAAUGGAAAAAGAAAUUCAAGGAAUACUUCUUCAACCGUAGACAUUACAAUGUCUUUACCUCAUUUGGCCAAAGAUUCUUCAGAUUCAAGUCUAGACACGAGCUCUGUAAACUGCAGUACAUCUACAUCAAAAAUGUCAAAUACAAGCAUAGAAGAUCGUAGACGGACAGUCUUCAAAAAAUCCCUGGGAAUUAGAGCGGCGCCAUCCCAGUUGACUCUAAUCAGAUGAGCAAGACAUCCAUUGUACAUCAUCCAAAUCCAUUUGCUGCUAAAAACGUCUACUAUGACAGCCGAUGGAUUGAUAAGCAAAUUCUCGGUUUCACAAAGUGGCUUAACUUUAUCCUGACUCCCCCAGAAGAGGAAGAUGUGGCUGAGGCUAUGAAGAAAGUUGAUAUGGGCAAGCUGUGGACAGAAGCAACAAAGAGAAUUCAGGUACAACAAGCGCCCACUAAAGAAGUUUUAUCACUGCGGGCCUACUCAGUAGCAAGGAGGCUGAACCGCUUGCGGAGGAAAGCCUGUCGACUGUUCCAAAGUGACAAAAUUGUAGAGACUGUGUUUAAACUGGAAGUUGCUAUUGACAAGAAGUUAAUCAGGAUACGAGAUGACAGGAUGAGUCAUGCAGAUAUGGAACUGAAGCAGCGGUUGUUGACUUUAGUGUUAUGCUACAAUCCAUUUUGGCUUCGCAUUGGAUUAGAGACCAUCUACGGAGAACUGCUUUUCUUGAAUAGUAACAGUGAUAUUGCUGGUCUAACACAUUUCAUCAUCACAAGGUACUGUUUGCAGUUGUUUUGUCAGUGUUUCCCGUUAUGUUUACAACAAAAGGAAAUGCAGGCAGUCACCUGGUUUGACGAACUCGGUUCCGUGGCAAAGGACUCCUAUGUUGCUAAUCCAGAUAUAGCUGCAAAAUAUGCUCAUCCAUCUGUCCCCCACACUCGUAUCCGGGAUUGGUUUACGAACGAGGCUAUCAAGACCUUCCAGUUGAAGAAAUUCUUGCUUGUGGUUCUGUUCCUUGAUCAUGCCAAGACAGAAAGACUCAUUGAUCAUGACCCUUGCCUUUUCAACAAAGAAGCUCCUUAUAAGGUUCGUUUUGUGAUACAAGUUUUGUUCACCAUGCAGUAG